AUGGGCGGCGAAGUCUCAAACAAGACAUGGGUCUUCAAAAAGUCUCCCUCAAGCCUACCAGAGCCAGGCGUCCAUACCGCUUUCGAGGAUCGACCCUUGAGCCUAUUCGCACCACCUGGAGGUCUCGUCAUCAAGCUCCUCACAGCUGGUCUCGAUCCCCAUCAGAGAGAUCGCAUGCGAGGAGCUGGCAACGUCGACUACGUACCUGGCUAUGAAGUCAACGAGCCCAUCACAAACUUCUCAAUUGCAAAGGUCAUCCGCUCAGACAACGAUGUUUUUGAGGAGGGUAGCUUAAUCGCUGGUAGCCUUCCUAUCGCUGAGUACGGCAUUAUCCCUAAAGAGCUCAUUGAUGCUAGAGCUAUGGCAUCACCACUUGUUUGGAAGGUCUCAAACGAUUACAACCUUGAUGUCAAGCAUUACGUUGGUACUCUUGGGCUGGCGGGCAUGACUGCUUGGAACUCCUUCUACGGCCUCGUCAAGCCUGUCAAGGGUGAGACAAUCUGGGUCAACGCUGCAUCAAGCUCUGUCGGAGAAGUUGUCGUUCAACUGGCCAAGAUCGAGGGCAUGAAAGUGAUCGCCAGUGUGAGCUCCGACGACAAGCUCGACUACGUGGUCAAUGAGCUUGGUGCAGAUGUCGGCUUCAAUUACCGAAAGGAGCCAGUUGGCAAGGCUCUCAAGCGUCUCGCACCAGAUGGACUAGACGUUGUUUUUGAGAAUGUCGGCGGUGAUCAUUUCCAAGCUGCCAUCGAGAACAUGAAGUGGUUCGGCCGCAUCAUCAGCUGCGGAACAGCAUCUCAAUACAACAAGCCAGUUGAAGAACAGUAUGGAGUCACCAACCUGUCAGAGAUCUUCCGCCGACGCAUCAAGAUCCAGGGUUUCAUCUUCUGGGAUGACAACAUCUACACUGACAACAUUGAGAACUUCAAGGCUACUAUGCCAAAGUGGGUUUCAGAGGGAAAGAUCAAGUCUCGCUAUACUCAGUUUGAAGGUAUUGAGCAGGCUGACAAGGCAUUCUUGUCCAUGUUUACUGGUGGAAGCCAUGGUAAGACGGUGCUCAAGAUAAGCGACCCUUAA